AUAGCUCUUGUGAGAGAAAAUUCUCUCAUUACAAAUAGCUGUCAAAGGUUUUCCUCCAUCCGUGAGUUCUUCCAUCAGAAUCGAUUGAUAGCGUAAAUAAUUUGCACUUUCUGUGUGAAAAUGGGGAAAUCUCCACCUCAGUUUUUAGAGGAAAAGUACGACCUUGCGAAAUGCGAGAUGUACAACGAGAAGAACUCGUUUGCGUUCUGGAUUGUGAUGAUUUUGUUGUUCUCGUUGGCACUAGGCAAUCUGUGCCUUACGUUGACCAUCACCGGGAUUCUGAAAAUCUACAAAGGCAUGGAGAAUAUCGAGCUGAUCCAAGGCGAAGAAACGGUGAAGUUCUUCGGAGACAUCGAUUUUGAUCGGCUGUACAAGCGGGAUGGAAAACUGGAAGGCUUCCACGAUGAACCACUGGAGAUUAGUGGUGAAAAUGCGCCUGUGGCAAUAAACUUGGUGAAUCGAAAUGGACACUCACACAACAAGAUCCACUUUUCCAAGAAUGGUAGCUUGCUAAAAGGUUUGAGCCAUUUCGAAGUUAAAGAUGCCGUUACGGGACGGCAGGUGUUUUCCACUUCUCGGCCGACGUACAACAUGCCUGAAGGGGCUAUGAUGUUACACACAAACUUGGUUAGCGCCAGCAGAAUUGCGUCACCAAUCAACAGCACGCUUAAAUUUCAGACACGGAACAGAUUCACCCUCAAGGGAACGGAAGGAACACGACUGGAGGCAAAGGAAAUAUUCUGGACGGCAGAUCAAAAUAUUUUUCUCAAGUCGGACAACGGAAGUAUGGUGAUUACCGGUGGGAAUGGAGUGUACAUCAAUGUUAACAGUAUUCCGAUCGUGCAGAGUGAACAUGGACCGAAAACGGGAAGUAGUCAAUUCAAGUUGUGCGUUUGCUACCCGCAAGGCAAGAUCUUCCGCGUUCCGGUUCCGAAGUCACACAAUAUGCGAGUGAAUUGUGCCCAUUUCGGUGGCCGGAUCGACCCGUGUGCAUAAGUCGGAUAGUUUAUUGGUCGUAUCUAGUCUAAUAACUCAUGUAGUAAUUCACAAUAUCUUCACUACUUUGAAUCAAUCAUAACGGUUUGUAUAAAUCAAACUGGAACAUUAAACUAUGAAACUGAAAUAAGGUAACGUCGUAGCCUAAGAAAUAAUGUUGGCCUAUCACACAAAUUAACCAGUUACCCUACAACAAUUAACAACGUUUGUGAGAAACUGGUCAUUGGUGCUUGAAAAAAAUGUACCAAAAUUAUUUCAAUCCAUAUCGUAAUAAAAAAUAUAGAAUAAAUUAACAUGAAAAAAAAACCACUGGGUUAUUUGUUUGGUCAUACUAAGGUUUGCUCAAACACACGCGACGAAUUUAUUUACGUAAUUCCCUCCGAUUCAGUUGCAACAGCGACAUGUUUCGUGUACGGCGGACAAACUGCUUCGAAAGGAAUUAUGCAACGGUAUCAUCAAAGGCUUUUUGCUGAGGUUUCUACUAUCUUAAGUCCCGCCAGUAAACCUUCAAUAAAAA